AUGAUUGAGCAAAAACCAACCAUUCCUGAUCCAGUCUCUCUGGAUAUGUUUUCAAGAGGAACGAGGGCUAGGGGCACUCAUCACAUCCUUCAGAAUAACCUGGUCUAUCAGCCCAUAAUGCAUAGCAGUACAAUCUACUUGUUGGGGUUGUUCAUUCUCGUCCUUGUUGUUACCUCGAAAAAACCCGAAUUUCCAACGGAAGAACUAUGCGAGUUGUACAAAGAGAAGUGCGAAAAGAAAUUGAAAAAGAAUAACUGCAAAGAACGAAAAGAAGAAUGCUUAGUCUAUGCAGAACGAGGCCUCAACGUUACGUGGAAUUUCUGUAUGUUUGCCAACAAUGACGACGAAAAAAUGUGUCGAGAACGUGCCACAGUAGAUUACGAAGUGAUCAAAGAUGUGGUUAUGAACGAUACAUUCAAAUAUGACUUCGAAAAGUAGAACAAGCUUGAAGCACCGCAAUUUCUGUGUAUAGUCGUUGAACAUAUGGGGCCUGGACGUGGCUUAUCAUCGCUUUUAUUUGUGCUGUUUACUUAUGUGAAUGAGACUGUCGAAAAUUUUCUGUGAUAAAAGUA